AUGAAGACUUGCUAUUACGAACUUUUGGGAGUCGAAUCGCAUGCUUCUGAUCUUGAAUUGAAAAAAGCGUAUCGUAAAAAAGCUUUACAAUAUCACCCAGAUAAAAACCCGGAUAAUGUUGAAGAGGCCACAGAAAAUUUUGCUAUUAUUCGAGCUGCUUAUGAAGUGCUGUCUGACUCUCAGGAAAGGGCAUGGUACGAUUCACACAAGGAACAAAUUUUAAAUGAUACUCCACCGGAUGCUGAUGGAUACUGCGAUUAUGAAGUGGACGCUGCUGUCACAGGUGUCACUGCUGAUGAGUUGCUUUUGUUCUUCAAUUCUGCCCUAUAUACAAAGGUGGACAACUCGGCUGCAGGGAUCUAUCAAAUUGCAGGAAAGAUAUUUGCUAAAUUAGCCAAAGAUGAAGUAUUGAAUGGUAAACGUCUGGGAAGAUUCAACGAGUAUCAAGACGAUGUCUUUGAGCAAGAUGUAAAUAACACUGGGUAUUUAAAGGCGUGUGAUAAGUACAUGAAUAAAACCGAUAUGCUUCUAUAUCCUUUAUUCGGGUAUUCAUCUACAAACUAUGAAUACUUAAAGAACUUUUAUAAAAUUUGGUCGACCUUCAAUACAUUGAAAAGCUUCAGUUGGAAAGACGAAUACAUGUAUUCCAAAAGUUAUGACAGAAGAACUAAGAGGGAAGUUAAUAGAAGAAACGAGAAAGCAAGACAACAGGCCCGAAAUGAGUACAAUAAAACAGUCAAAAGGUUUGUCGUUUUUAUCAAGAAGCUUGACAAAAGAAUGAAAGAAGGCGCAAAAUUUGCAGAAGAACAACGUAAACUAAAAGAACAACAGAGGAAAAAUGAAUUAAAGAAUUCGAGGAAUAAAGAGAAAUCUAGUAGUCUGAACGACAACGAAUGUAAAGCCAGUUUCAAUCUACAGAGUUGGCAAACUGUAAAAGAAGAAAACUGGGAUGAACUGGAAAAAGUCUAUGAUAAUUUUGGGGAAUUUGAAAACUCUAAGGAUGAUAAAGAAGAUGAGGUAUUGAUCUACGAGUGUUUUAUCUGUAAUAAAACAUUCAAGUCUGAAAAACAAUUGAAAAAUCACACGAACACUAAAUUGCACAAGAAAAAUAUGGCCGAGAUUCGAAAAGAAAUGAAAGAGGAAAACAUAACCCUUGGGCUAGACAAUCUUUCGGAUCUUGAAAAUUUUGAUUCAGCGGAUGAGGUUGUUGAAGAGAAAGAUAACAUUGAUUUGGAAGCAUUACAAGCUGAACUUGCUGAGAUUGAGAGAAAACUAGCAGAAAGUUCAUCUGAAGAUGAAACCGAGGACGAUAGUGUAAAAGUGGAAAUGGAAAUAGAGGUGGAAGACGUCAGUUCUGAUGAAGAUGUGCAAGUACGCACGAAAGGUAAUAAUAAGAAGAAGAAGAAGAAGAAGAAAAACAAGAAGAAAGACAAUGCAGAGACAGAAAUUGACGAAACAGAUUCAUCUGACGACGAUAUGGAUAAAAGAGGCGACGAAUUGAACGAUCUUCUAGCGUCGUUGAAUGGCAACGGCUUCCAAAGCGACGACGAUGAAGAUUGGUCUACAAAAGCGAAGAAGAAAAAGGGUAAACCACCAAAAAAAAACUCCAAAUCUGCGCGAAGCACCCCAUCUCUAACUACUCCAUUACCUUCAGCAUCUCCAUUUGCCGUGAUCGAAAAAUGCGGUACCUGUGGAGAAUCAUUUGAUAGUCGAAACAAGCUAUUUACGCAUGUGAAGAUAGCGGGGCAUGCCUCGGUGAAAAGCCAGGCAAAGAGUAGGAAAGUCAAGGUAAACAAGAAAUAG